AUGGCUGCCGUUAAGGUUCCAACGGUGGUGCUUCCCAACGCCUCUGGCGAAGUGAGUAUGCCGGUGAUAGGGAUGGGAUCAGCACCUGACUUCACAUGCAAGAAAGACGCUAAGGAGGCCAUCGUUGAGGCCGUCAGGCAAGGCUACAGGCACUUCGACACGGCCACCGCCUACGGCUCCGAGCAGGCCCUCGGAGAGGCCUUGAAGGAGGCUAUUCAGCUUGGUCUCGUCACCCGCCAAGACCUCUUUGUCACUUCCAAGCUUUGGGUCACUCAUAACCUUCCUCACCUUGUUCUCCCUGCUCUCCGUAAAUCACUCCAGUAA